AUGGGGAGCGUCAGCAGCCUCAUUGCCAACGACCAACUCAACAGUAAACACUGCAAGGCAUCAGAGUUGAUGCUGAAAAACAGAACAAAUCAGCCUAGACGCAAUGGAGGUUGCAGCCUUGAUGGCUUGCUAAAGUGCAGCUUCACUCAGGCUUCCUCCUCCCCCGUCCAUCCCGCCAAAGGCCUUUCUCACUCCCCGUCAGGGCGAAGUGAGGACUUUUUUUACAUUAAGGUGAGCCAUAAACCAAGGACAGUGCAUCACAGAAGAGGAUCAAUGGAAGACAGCAUGAGCGUGGAGGUGAAAUCUGACGAGCGGCCGAAACUGAUGCUGAUGUCCGGGACUGAUGGGACUACUGCUGAGAAGUCGCUGGUCCGAUCCACUGCAUAUAAGCCUUUAAUUCCCAAGAGUGUGUCCUCAACAGAGGCACAACGCAACAGCCUGGACAACAUCCUCAGCCAGCUGGACAAACCAAAGAGUCCAGAUAUUCGACACAAGCAAGACACCCCCCCUGGGAAUCUGUCAGACUCCGGACGCAACUCCAUGUCAAGCCUCCCCACCCACAGCACCAGCGGAAGUGUUUCCACUGGCCCCGUCAGUCACAACGAUCCCCGCAAGGGAGAUGAGUCCAAUUUGUCCCCCUGGGUGAACAGCGGCGGUCGAGACAGCGGCUACAGGGCUGGUUUGAGCCCAGGGGGGUUGUCAUCAAAGACUCACGGUGAGGGCGGCUCCCCGCUAUCUUCAGAUGGGUCCAAACAUUUUCCUGAAACUGCAGGGGGCAGUCGGACCCCUCUGACCACAGAUGAGUCUCUGAUUGAAACGUUGGAACAGAGACUGCUAGAAAGAGAGAAUGAACUGCAGGACUUACAGGUGAGCUAUGACGUAAAAGAAGCAGCAACUUGCCAGUUAUUCGAAGAACGGCAAAAGAAUUGCGCCAACGAAAUGCAAGCGCUGAAGCAGCGAUGCUCCGCGACGUUACAACAAGCCUCGCAGAUGGCGGCGAGUACCCAGCAAGCGCUGCACCUUCAGGUCGGCCAACUCCAGGCAGAAAACGCCAGGCUAAAGGAGGACCUUGCCAAUCUGAGCCGAGAAAGGGAUCUCAUGGAGCGGAAAUUGAAGGCCUAUGAAGAGGAGAGUACGCAACUCGCUCCGACGCUUGAGGAAACUCAGUGGGAGGUGUGCCAGAAAGCGGGCGAGAUCUCCCUUCUGAAGCAGCAGCUACGAGACAGCCACGAGGACGUCAGCCACAAGCUCAAUGAAAUAGUCAGCCUCAGGGCACAGCUGAAGGAAAUCGCAGCGAAAGCAGAAAAGCUAGCCAAGGAGAACAAAGACAACGGCGACAGGCUACGCUCCCGCACCAUCCAAGUGGAGGUGUGCCAAAAUGAACUCCAGCGCAAGAUGAAUGAAGCUAACCUCCUCCGAGAAAAAGUGGGCAAACUGGCCAAACACAUCGACGGCACUUCACAACUUGAACCUUACGGAUCCACAAAGGAGGAACACGAGAGACAAACCUCCACAGAUCUCCUCCAGAAAGAGGUGGAGAGACUACGUCAGCAACUCAGCGAGGAAAAGGCAGCUCAGGCGAAGCUAGCGUCAAGCUUUGACCAGGAGAGACGCACUUGGAACAAGGAGAAGGACAAGGUCAUCAAGUACCAGAAGCAACUCCAGAUCAACUACCUGCAGGUGCAUAAGAAGAACCAGGACUUGGAGCGGCUCAUGAAGAAGUUGACCGCUGAACUGGAGGCCCGGGCGGAACUGGGCUUGGAUCUCAAGUACAGCUCAGGGUUAAAGACAUACGAUGAUGUCAUAGCUACUGAAAUAUGA